AAUAUUACAAAAAGAGAACACACAAUACUUUGUGAAGGAGUUUAAUGAGAAUAGAUGCACUACUAACACUACACUACCUGAGAGAUAUGAAGCAAGAUGAAGCAGCUGAUACUCUAGAAGGCAAGAGACUCAUAACCAUCUGUCAGAUUGUAUUAAAUGUAAGAGAAAAAAUUACCUGUUUUUUUUCCUUCUUUUUUUUUCUGUGUUUAGAUGAACUGGUCUUCAUUCAUCAUCUAAAAUGUGGCCUAAAGAAGAAGUAUCAAUGUGUGUUUGAAGGAAUUGCAAACCAAGGUGACUCCACACUUCUGAAAAACAUCUACACAGAUCUCUAUAUCACUCAGGGUGGCAGUGAACAGGUCAAUACUGAACAUGAGGUAAGACAGAUUGAAGUUGCUUCCAGACGUCAUCAAUCACAAGAGAUACCGAUUGAAUGUACCAAGAUGUUUGAAGCACCUGAACAAGACAAGGAGAUCAGAACUGUACUGACAAAAGGAGUUGCUGGCAUUGGAAAAACAAUCUCUGUACAAAAGUUUGUUCUGGAUUGGGCAGAAGGAAAAGAAAAUCAAGAUAUCAAUUUCAUAUUUCCUCUUCCAUUCAGAGAGAUGAACUUAAAGAAGACAGAAAAACAAAGUUUGAUUAGCCUUAUAAAUCAGUUUUUCCCAGAGACAAAUAAAAGACUGAACCUUACAAGAAGGGAAAAUUUCAAAGUCUUGUUCAUCCUUGAUGGAUUGGAUGAAUGUCGUCUUCCUCUGAAGUUUGUUGGUAAUGAGACAUGGAGUGAUGUAUCAUCACCAGCGUCUCUGGAUGUUCUCCUAACGAACCUCAUGAAGGGAAAUCUGCUUCCUUCUGCUCUCAUCUGGAUCACCACCAGACCAGCAGCUGCCAGUAUGAUUCCUGCUGACUGUAUCGACCGGCUGACAGAGAUACGAGGAUUUAAUAAUACACAAAAAGAGGAAUACUUCAGAAAACGAUUCACAGAUGAGAAAAUGUCCAACAUAAUCAUUGAUCAUGUGAAAAAAUCCAAGAGCCUCUUUAUCAUGUGCCACAUCCCAGUCUUCUGCUGGAUUUCAGCCACUGUUCUCCAGAACAUUUUGGAAGAGAAAAGAAAUAAUGAGCUGAAAAAUAAUCAGGCUGAUGAAGCCUCGAAAACACUGCAGGGAUUAAAAACUGAAGACACUCCCAAGACUUUGACACAAAUGUACACACACUUUCUCCGCUUUCAGAUCCAGCAGAGCCGCCGAAAGUAUGAUGGAGAAUACAGACCAGAUGUUUCCUGGGAUAAAGAUGCCAUCUUUUCACUGGGGAAACUGGCAUUUCAGCAGCUUGAAAAAAACAAUGUGAUCUUCUAUGAAUCAGACCUGGAAGCCUGUGGUAUUGACGUCUAUAAGGCAUCAGUGUACUCAGGCAUGUGUACCCAGAUCUUUAAGGAGGAAACAGGGAUUACACUUGGUACCAUGUACUGCUUUGUUCACUUGAGCAUUCAAGAGUUUAUUGCAGCCCUUUAUGCACAUCUGUUUCUAGACAUCAACAAGAAAAGUGUGUUUGUUCAGGAGUCUACAGAGCAGGAAAACAAAAAUGAAACCAUGAUUUAUUUGCUCAAGACUGCAGUGGACAAGGCUCUCAAAAGUGACAAUGGACAUCUGGAUCUUUUCCUUCGCUUCUUCCUUGGUCUGUCACUCCAGUCCAACCAGCGACUCUUACAAGGUCUGUUGACACAGCAAGACAGUAAUGACCAGAGCAAAAAGGAAAUAGUUCAGUACAUCAAACAGAAAUUAGAAGGUAAUCUGUCUCCAGAGAGAUCGAUCAAUCUGUUCUACUGUCUGAAUGAACUGAAUGAUCAAACUCUGGUGAAGGAGAUUCAGACUCAACUUAGAGAAGGAAGUCUCUCAUCUGCUGACCUUUCACUUGCCCAGUGGUCUGCUUUGGUCUUUGUGUUGUUGACAUCAGAAGAAGAGCUGGAGGAGUUUGAGCUUCAGAAAUUCAAGAAAUCAGACGAGUGUCUCAUUAGAUUAUUGGCAGUCAUCAAAACCUCCAAAAGAGCUCUGUUAAAUGAUUGUAACCUUACAGACAGAAGUUGUUCAGCUCUGGCUACAAUUCUUGGAUCAGACACGGAUCUGAAAGAGCUGAACAUGAACAAUAAUAAUCUACGAGAUUCAGGACUGAAGCUGCUCUGCACUGGACUGGAGAAUAUAAAGUGUAAAUUGGAGAGACUGAAACUUUCAGACUGCAGCAUCACUGAAGAAGGUUAUAAAGCUCUGGCUUCAGCUCUGAGAUCAAACCCUUCACACCUGAUAGAGCUGGAUCUCACAGGAAAUGAUCCUGGACAAUCAGGAGUGAAGGAGCUCACUGAUUUACUAUAGGAUCCAAACUGUCAACUAAAGCUGAGGUUUUUGAGUCCUGCUGCAGAUGAAGCCUGUCAGUAUGUAAGAGGAAUUGUGGGUAAAAACCCAUUACUCCUGAGAGAGCUGAAUCUGAGAGGACGUGAACUAGGAGACAUACGAGUGAAUCAGAUCGCUGCUCUACUGAAGGAUAAACACUGUCAACUCAGCGCACUGAUGUGGGUAGAAAAUGUUAUAUGACUACUAGUAAUGUUACAGUAGUUGAUAUUCCUCAUUUGAGUCAGAGCUGUUUAUUUCUCAGCAUCACACAGAGCCACAGUAAAGUGGUGUUUUAAAAUGUAACAGGCAAUUAAAAUGAAAGAGCUUUAAACAGUUCAGUGCCU